GUUGAUGUUUUUGUGGUAUCGUUGUCAUUGUUGUUAAUUUUGUCUUGUUCUUUCUUCACUUUGAAAUUCAGUGUCUUCAGUUUGCAAGAUCUGGGUGUUUGACUGCUCUGCAAUCUGAACCCAUUGACAGACGACUUUGGUGACGGUACAGACAUUCAGUCACGAAGCUAUAGUAUUUCAAAGUCGAUUUGGUUUUUAMUCUCGCUGUGUUUUCGUAGAUUCGUGACUUUUCUGUCCACAUCACGCCGUAGAUCCCAACAUAUGUGGUGGUUAGAUCAUUCUUUGUCGACAUGACUUCAYUCUAUACGAUUUUCCGACUGUUUUUCGUACUUUYCCUGUGUAUMUUGSUACAAUUUCAAGGAAAUGAAGCAAGAAGGACAAAACGCCAAUUUAACCAAAUUUUUGCCAACACCGGCAGCUCAAUAGAACUAAUAUGCCCAUUAAGCGUGCCUAACAAGAUUCCAAGCUUAUGGCGAGUAGCUGGUUUCAAUGCCAUGAUUCGUCUCGCACCAGAUGGUGUGACCAUCGAACAAAAUGGACMAAGGUUCACCGUGCAUAAUAUCACAGCAACGUUAACAGGAAUGUUCAUGUGCAGAGUGGGAAGAAAGAGACGACCUAUGGGAACUGUACGCUUAGUUGGGUCCUUGACAAAUCCUCCCAUCCCAACGGUAACGCCCAAACAACAAGUCUUCACGGGUCGACGCAAGUCUGGUACAUUGACUUGUGUUGCUAAGGGAGAAAUUAGAAGCGUCGAGUGGUUUAAAGCUGGUGUUAAAGUGACGUCGCACAAUCAUUCUGUUACCAAGGAUAUUCAGGGUUUACAAACCACGUGGACAAACAUUCUUCAUCUUCAAAACACCACGAAACAAGACGAUGGAAAGUACGAAUGUCGUGUCGUCCACAAUGGGAUGAGAUUUGUGAGUGGGUUUUGGUCUGCCUCCUCUGUGGUCAUGGUAACAGACUCAUCUUGUUUAGAGUUGAAUGGUCGGUUUAUCGAUCCAGCUAAUAAAGCUGGUUACAUCGAGUGUGUCAAAGGUAUUGGUACAAGAAAAAACUGCACUCUUGGUACCAUUUGGAAUGAUGCAAAAAGGCUUUGUGAAGUAGUUGCCAAGAAGCUCCAUUGGUUGACCAAAUCACCAUUCCAUAGUACCACUGACAAAAAAACAGGCCAGACAAUCACCAUUGACUGUAGGCUGUCAGAACCGAAUACCGAAGUAGCACUUUACCAAAAAACCAACAGAUACAAGCGUCGAGUUCCUGAUGGCUGCAAGGUCACCUACACAAACCAAACCUUCACAAUCCACGCCUUGCUGAUCCUUGAUAUUGGAUGGUACUACUGUGAAGCUAGGAAUAUCACUGCCAAGAAGGAACUUUACUUAAAUGUUGCUCCAGAUUCUGGUAUUGUAUGGGGKAAAGGCUCUUUUAACUUCAUCGUCCCUUUAAAGAGCUCCAUCGAUCUAGAAUGCAGGGCGUCCGUCGUACCAGGUUCCGAAAUUUCCUUAGAGCUCAGCACAGCAUACAAAACAGUUACCCUAAAACCAGAUAACAAGACGAUCAUUAAACGAGGAAACACGUUUACAAUUCGUAACAUCGAUCGUGAUAAACGAGGUGUGGUGUUUUGCAAGACAACGUCUCGAUGUGGUGGACAGGCUACAGGAUACAAAAUCGGUCGUUUACUUCCGGUUAUGCUACCCAGUGAGCUCACACCAAGACCUGUUAUAAAGCCGCUCAAACACACGUUAUCUAUUAUCGGGAAUGGAAGUGCAGUGUUCCACUGUUCCACCGGUAACAUUCCUGCAAGAAGCUUUGAAUGGCUUAUAGAGGGCAAACCCAUACAUGGCAAUGAAGUGGCAAAUUCUGCUGACAUGAAGCAUAGCAUUCUAACACUGACAAAACGGCACUGUCUGCCAAAAGAGCGAUGUAAAAUCGAGUGUCAUGUGACUUCUAACAAAGGAAUAGGCUACUGGUAUUCAACGGCUGARCUCGUGUUAAGGACAGGAAAAGAUAGUUGGGGACCUGAAAUAGUUGAAAGAGUGGAGGAAUAUACUUCAACAACCAUUAGAUGUCCACUCCAUUCUACAAUGCUCUACCAAAACACGAGUGUUGGUCGAAAACCAAGACGUCCUGAYGGGGCUAAGAUAAGAUGGACUGGAGACGUCUUUCAGAUUGAGCUGUUUGACUACAGUGAUACUGGUGAAUACCUCUGUGAAGACGAAGAUGUGACUGUCUACCUGGAAAUCAAACCUCGCACAAAAGCUUUGCCCAAAUUGCGAUCUUUUGGUAUCAUAGCAGCUUCAAGUCUUGACAAAGUAACUAUCGCGUUAUCCAACGAAACAACGAUAGAGUACAGUGGAGGCACCAACCUGGUGUGUUAUACCGAUUCAAGAUCGUCGCCGUUAAAGUGGACAAAAAUAACCUCUACAGGAAAAAGUGAAUCUAUAGAUGGAAUCAAAACAACACAAAGACURAAGGGAAAGCAGAGUGUUCUUGAAUUAAGGAAUGUUACCAAACAUGACGAGGGCAUUUAUACCUGUAGCUUGAACAUUGGUGGGCGACUCAACACUGCCUCGGUGAARGUUAAUGUCAAAGAUCUCUCUGUACCAUCUGUCUUGGCCAAAUCAUCCAAGGUCAUCGCCAAUGAAAAAACAGAUGUCACUCUCUCGUGUGUGGUAAACGGGUCCCCUGUGCCUAGCSUCGUCUGGUUGAAGGCUGGUAAGAAGAUAGGACAUUGCAAUAAUAUAUAUGGCUCUGUCGUUUGCACCUCAACGAUCCCAGAAUACAACUGUACUAACUCAAAAGGAUCAUAUAGUCUAUUGAUCAGGAAUCUCAGUCGUGAAUCCCAUGAUGGGGCGUAUGAAUGUAUAGCUUCUAAUGCAGCAGGAAGAGCGAAGACGACUAUCUUACUUUCUGUCUAUGUAAAACCACAGUUACUCAAGAAAUCACAGGGGAUCAACUACGUGGUAGCCAAGCCUUCUGAGAAAGUGCAUCUUGAGUGCACCAGACUGCGAGGUUACCCAGCUCCAAGUUAUACUUGGCACCAGGCCCMAUCAUCCGUAUGUAAAGACRGUGAUCAUAAUUGUAAACCACAAGAWAACCAAUGGAAAAAGUCAGGUCACGUGACUGAAAUGCUGACGUCAUCCCCACGCAAUGACACUGUCUUUUACAAGUGCAUCGCAACCAAUGCCGCUGGACAGGACGCCAAGCUUUUUGCUGUUGUGAGGAUAGAUACCAAACCGCCAAAAAUUACAAAAUACAAAAACAAAGUCACCGUCAUGGGAUCUCAGCAGCUUGAGGUAGCAUGUCACGUGGAAGGAAAUCCCAUUCCAGAUGUAUUAUGGGUAAGAAACAACCAAACGCUUGCAGAAUGCACUGGGCAUGUACUAGAGACCUCUAAGAAAUGUAGACCUGCGGUAAAUCAAAACUCGGCUCGGUUUGCAGUCAAGUGGAUGGGUACCCAUUCUAAGUUACAAGUUUAUAGUGCGUCGCACAUGUACGACGGAGGGAGGUUGAAAUGUGUGGCGAAUAAUCAAGUUGGCAAAGUAGAAGCAGAUCUUGAUGUUAUCGUCCACGAAUCACCCAAGCUGAUGAAACAAGGUGAAAUCGCUUCGUAUUACGCGUCGUUCGGCGACCAUCGAAAAUUAGUGAUUGACAUCCUCAGUGGUAAUCCUCCUCCACACUACCAUUGGUUCAAGCAACAAGCAGAUCACUGCAUGAGAUCGCCAGGAAUAUGCAAGCCACGUAAGCGACGGUGGAUUCCAAGCAGUCAUGAAGUAGCUCCCCCUCCUGGAAUACGAUCAACGCGUAGUAUCAUAUCGUUACCGCCCACWAGGCGAAGCUUCUUCUACAAAGUGGAGGCUGUGAACGAUGUGGGAAAUGAUACACAAGUAUUUUCUGUUGUAAGGAUCGUGGAUCAAAUCAAACCCGAAGUAUCGACUCCGCGAGGAAGAAAUAUUGACGAAUUCAAUUCARUGGAAGUACAAUGCAAAGCUAGUUUAAAUGAUUUCGAUGCUGUUGAUAUCCAGAGAAAGGACGGUGAACAAAUACCUGACAAACGAGCCAGAACAACAACCAAUCGGAUCAAAGAUGAUAUGGUAAUGACCCUUUUGAUUGACAACGUUACUAUGGGUGACGGGGGGUCGUAUCUUUGCCUUGGGUAUAAUGCUGAUAAAACUAGCCACGUGGAAGUCAACGUCACAAUAGCAGCUGCUGUAGCGCCAGUAGUUACCUUAUCAAAUAAAACUAUACUAAACACUAUUGGACAAGUCAGUCUUCAUUGUCACGUGGUAUCCGGGCAUCCAAAGCCACAGAUCACGUGGUAUAGAAACGRUAAUCGUAUAAAACUAAAGCCCUURGGUCCYGAGGGUAACUGYACGUCGUUUGCUCAUGGAUUCUACCAUCCACACGGGUUAGAAGCAUCAAUAUCUGACUAUUUAGUGGUGUGCGACCCUAAACACCAACUGAAUACUGGCUGGUAUACUUGUAAAGCUCAGAAUAUUCUUGGGGAGUCUGAAGAAACGAAGUAUUUGAACGUUCACGAGGCGCCGUCACUUCGUCUUGAGCCAGAUGAUUCGCAGAUAUCCAUAAAAUAUGGCCACAGCUUGGAUAUCAAGUGUUUGGCAAACGGAAAUCCUGAACCCAUGAUCAAUUUUACUAAAACUGGUGCGGACGGGGGAGAUGAGCGACCAGUAGAAGCAAAGCAUAUACGUGAAAUCAGUGGUGGUAAAAGGAUUUUUGUACCGCAAGUAGAUGAUUCUCACUAUGGUCAAUACAUAUGUCGGGGUUCGAAUCCGCAUGGUAGCAAGACUGUUAGUCUCUCUGUUGCGAGUCCUUACGUUCUUGGUGUACGACAGUCAACUCCCAAGAAUCAUCUGAUAGCUGCGAUUGUUGUUAGUAUUCUCUUAAUUUUGUUUCUGGUAGUAUUUGCGUUGAUACUUUACCGAAGGAGAAAAAUGUAUGGUGGAUUCUAUCUCUGUACCACACCACCUCUGCCAGACCUUAUCAAAAGCCUGGAUCCUACUUCUCCAUUGAUUGAGCAAGUUCAUAAGUUGCCAUAUGAUCCUGUGUGGGAGUACCCACGGAGAAAUAUUUUCUUUCGCGAUGUUCUUGGUACGGGUGCAUUUGGUAAAGUAUACUUGGCAGAGACAGAAGGAUUUCUCGUGAUAGACGACACGUCUUCUGUAAGCUCACGGCAUAGGUUGGCGAAACGCAAAGAUUACAGAAGAGUUUCAGCUGCUACCGCAAAAACAGGCACUUUAAGAGUCGCUGUAAAAUCACUAAAAGAAAAUGCUACCGAGUCUGAUCACAGCGAUCUUCUGUCAGAGCUCAAGAUACUGAUCCAUGUGGGAGCUCAUAAAAAUAUCGUCAACUUGCUUGGUGCUUGCACUAAAGGAGCCAUGCAGGACCUUUGGAUUAUCAUUGAAUUCUGUCCCCAYGGAGAUCUGCUKCAUUAUCUAAAAGACAAACGUGAAAUAUAUGAACCUACSUGGGAAGCACCGACGGACGAUCCUCAGCUCCAGUUCUCCUUGACAGAGCUUGUYAGCUCGGCAUAUCAAGUCGCGCGGGGAAUGGACUUUCUUUCUUCGAGAAGGUGUAUUCACCGAGAUUUGGCGGCAAGGAAUGUUCUUGUUGGUGAAAAUUAUGUCAUGAAGGUCGCUGACUUCGGUUURGCGAGAGAUGUAUACAGAAAUGAUGAAUAUGUGAAACAAACUCCGGGACUAGUUCCCAUCAAAUGGAUGGCCCUGGAGUCUUUGGUGGACAAAGUGUACUCUCAAAAGAGCGAUGUUUGGUCGUUUGGUAUUCUCAUGUGGGAAAUAUUUACACUUGGAGGAAACCCGUACCCUGAACUCCAUCCCGGUGAAGUUUAUGAAUACCUCUUAGAAGGCAAACGGAUGUCUCUUCCUGACAAUUGCCCAGAAGAAAUUUAUGAUUUAAUGAAAGACUGUUGGAUGCACAGUCCAGACGAUCGACCUACAUUCAARGAGCUGGUUCUGACACUUGACAAGGCAAUCGAAUGCAAUAUGCCUGCAAUGGGAAGGGAAGCAUACUUAGAACUCGAUAACGUCGAAGACUUGAAAGACACGAACGAUAACAAAGAAAUCGAUGGAUAUCUCCAACCAACUGACAUCAUCACUACACCAGAGGAAUCCCAAGAAAAAACAUCCGGGGACUUAAGUGAACCGAAUCACGACUACACAGAAAUCCCAGACAUCUUACCAACAACAAACGGAUUCGUAAAAGGAAAAGAGAUGAACAAUAUCAACGAGAAAGAGAGCCUUAUUAAGAAACCUUACGAAUACGAAAUGGCCAUGAAAUGCCCAAGAUAUGUUAACAUGGAAGAUGCGGAUAGCUCAACUACAACGAUGCUUUAAUUAAAAUAGAGAUAGUCUUAGUCUUAAAAUAACACAUGCGUAAAAGAAUUCAAGAACCGUCCUCUCGUCCUGAGUGUACAAUGACACUUGCAAACAUUAAAUCCAGGACAGUAAGCGAUAAAAAUGCCCAAAACUGACCAAAUAAAUCUUACGUAAAACAAUUAAUAUUGUUAUUCAAAAUGCAACUAAACAUCCCUCAAAUGUAUUCUUAUGGGACUUGACUUUAUCACUUUCAUGGUCGCAAGUAGUACAUUAUUCAAAUUUACGGGAUUCUCUAACGCUAAUAUAUGCGCUUUUAGUGAUCAUGGGCUCUUUUUAAAUUGGCUAUGCUUGGGUAACAUGGCUUAUCAUUGUAGAUAUAAAAUCAGUUUCCCUUAGUGACAUACAGCUCUUUCAGACGACAUUGAAUACUUUAUACUGCAUUCCAAGCCCGCAAUGCAUUGUUAUUAUAUUCUACGCUAUUGCGUUACAAUACGCCAAUUCCAAACUUUUAAUUGCGUCCCACUAAAGUUCUAGACAGUAAGGAUCUCGUAUAGGCACUCAGAAACCACGAAAACUCCUUCUGAAAGACGAUUGAGCAAACAAUAAUGCAUUCGGUACUUGGAAUUCACUAUUUUCUGUUUUCAACGUUUUUUGAAAUAACURURUGCUGUAUAAAUGCAGAUCGCAAAAGAUUUAAAACUAUACAUGUACGUUGAAUAUACUUCUAAUAUAUAUCUGUAUCAAGUUAGAUACAACUGCUUUAAAAGAUAAAUUGAAUUUGUAGGUGAAAAUAAAGAUAGGCAUUGAUGUUGUAAUUUUAUCAACGAGGAAAAUCUCMCUUCAAYUUUAUCGCCAUCGGAAUAACUCAAUGAASCAUCAGACCGAAAUUAUAGGUAAAUUCUAAAUAACAAUAAAAAAAUUCUA